CUUCUCCUCUAUCCAGAAUCCUGAAGAUUUUUUCUUUCUAUUUUUGAGCAACUCUGUUAUUAUUUACCAAAGCAGCAAGGUCGACACUCACUUACAAAAUGGCCAUUAAAUCACAGUUAAUUACAGGAUUAACCCUGCCAAUGCCACACCCUCCUUAUACUUCUUCAAGCUCCAACAACAACGGUAACAAUAAUACUACUUUAUGUAUGGUGAAGAGGAGGACCCUCACGACGUCGUUUUUCAAUGGUGGAGUUGAAGCUCUAAAAGUUGCUAGGAUAAGGACCAGUCUAUCCACUCGGUCCCAAUGUUACAGACAAGGUGGAGGUGCUCUUGGCACUUGCAUGAACCUUUUUGAUCGGUUUGGUAGAGUUGUGAAGUCAUAUGCCAAUGCAAUCAUAAGUUCCUUUGAAGAUCCAGAGAAAAUUCUAGAGCAGACAGUACUUGAAAUGAAUGAUGACUUAACAAAAAUGCGUCAGGCCACAGCACAAGUUCUGGCUUCUCAAAAAAGGUUGGAAAAUAAAUAUAAAGCUGCACAACUAGCUUCUGAAGAAUGGUACCGUAAGGCACAACUUGCCCUUCAAAAGGGAGAGGAAGACCUUGCACGUGAAGCUCUCAAGAGGCGUAAAACGUAUGCUGAUAAUGCUAAUUCUUUCAAAGCUCAACUUGAUCAACAGAAAGGUGUCGUUGAGAAUCUCGUCUCUAAUACUCGGCUUCUGGAGAGCAAAAUGCAGGAGGCAAAAUCAAAGAAAGAUACUCUGAAAGCACGUGCUCAGUCUGCAAAGACUACAACCAAAAUGAAUGAAAUGUUGGGAAAUGUUAAUACAAGUAAUGCACUUGCAGCUUUUGAAAAGAUGGAAGAGAAAGUAAUGGCAAUGGAAUCAGAAGCUGAAGCUCUUGGCCAGUUGACUACAAACGAGCUUGAUGGAAAGUUUGCGUUACUUGAAGGGUCAUCAGUUGAUGAUGACCUUGAGAAUCUGAAGAAGGAACUAGGUGGUAGCUCAAAGAAAGGAGAACUUCCACCAGGAAGAACAGUUGUCACCAGCUCAAACAAUUCAUUCCGAGAUCCUGACAUAGAGAUGGAGCUCAAUGAGUUGAGACAAAAGAGAAAGAACUUUUAGAGUACUUGAAAGUACAAUAUUGGAUCAGGUCUUGUUUUGCCAGCAAAUUACUAUGUAAAGGCCAAUAGAAAAUCGUUGUAUAGUUGAGACAAAUUAAAAUAAAACAAGUUUUGUUGAAUGGGUUUGAUGUUACCCACCUUGUCA